CGCAUUGGUUAAUUCUUUUUUUUUUUCCGGAGGGAGAGAAAGAGAGAGAGGAGGAGCAGGUAACAGUAUAUAUCAUCAUUGAAAUUACAAGGGUCUCUCUGACACAAGUCAUCAUUGAAACCCCAAGCCCCCCACAUAACCCCCUCUCUCCUCUCCUCUCAUAUCAACUUCUCUGUAUAAAUAAAUUUAGUCGUAUCUUUUUAACCAGCACUAACUUCAUUCUAGAAAAUCUCUUGAGAAAAAAUGGGUGAACGAGAUGAUGGGUUGGGUCUGAGUCUAAGCUUGGGAAAUAGUAGUCAGCUAAAAGAACCAUCUCUGAGGUUGAAUCUUACGCCUUUCACAGCUUCUACUUCUUCCUCGUUUCCUCCUCACAUGCACAAUCAGAUUAUUAAUAAUAAUAGCCAUCCCCAAAAGAUUCAUCACAACUCUUGGACUCAUCUGUUUCAAUCUUCUGGAAUUAAACGUACAACUGCAGAGAGAAACUCCGACGCCGGAUCUUUCCUAAGAAGUUUCGACGUGAACAGAGCUCCGUCCUCUUCGGUGGCGGUGGUGAACCUGGAAGAAGAAGCAGCCGUCGUCUCGUCUCCGAACAGCACCGUAUCGAGUCUGAGUGGGAAUAAGAGGGAUCUUGCGGCGGCUAGAGGAGGAGAUGAGCACGAGGCGGAGAGAGCUUCUUGCUCACGCGGCGGAGGAAGUGAUGACGAAGACUGCGGAAAUGGCGACGGGUCAAGAAAGAAGCUACGGUUGUCGAAGGAACAAGCUCUUGUUCUCGAGGAGACUUUCAAAGUACACAGCACUCUUAAUCCGAUUGGGCAGAAGCAAAAGCUGGUUCUAGCAAAACAGUUGAAUCUAAGGGCAAGACAAGUGGAAGUGUGGUUUCAGAACCGAAGGGCAAGGACGAAGCUGAAACAAACGGAGGUUGAUUGUGAGUAUUUGAAGAGAUGUUGUGAUAAUUUGACGGAGGAGAAUCGACGAUUGCAAAAAGAAGUGUCGGAGCUGAGAGCGUUGAAGUUGUCUCCACAUCUCUACAUGCACAUGACUCCUCCUACUACUCUCACCAUGUGCCCUUCUUGCGAGCGUGUCUCCUCCACCUCAUCCGCCAAUGCGAGCAUCGCUCCUCCUCCACCUCCUGCUACUAGUGUGGUUGGGCGGCCAAGUCCGCAGCGAUCGACUCAUUGGACUGCUAUUUCCCUCCAGCAACGAUCAGGCCGCUAGGGAUGGGUGUUUUCCGUAGUUGUAGCUUAGAAUAACUAUAUAUAUAGAUAUAUAAGUAUGCAACUUUUAAAGAUUAGCUUCAAUAUGGGGAAAAUGAGAAAGAAAAAAAAGUUCGAUUU